AUGGAUACAAGGCAUCAGCAAGAAAUAGAUUCUGCCAAUAAAAACCAUAAAGACACCAAUGAAAUAACAGAUACUGCUCUCAACAAUGUAGAAAAUGACCUAUCGAAAGUGAAAAUUUCAAAAGCCCAGAAACGCAGAGACAAAAAAUCACAGCAAGAAAAAGAAAGAGAUGAACUAAUAAAGCAACAAGAGCAGGAAAAUCGACAUGGUCCAAGAAAUAUUGAAUUGCAGGAAAUUAAUAAUAAAUUGAAAGAAAGAGGACUUAAAAUAUUCAUGAUACCAUCUGACGGUGAUUGUUUGUAUAAAGCUGUCUCUCAUCAGUUGGCAAUCAUCAAACAGAAAGAUGUAUCUGUAGAUGAAUUGAGAGAAAGUACUGCAAAGUACAUAAGGCAACACAAAGGUGAUUUCCUUCCAUUCAUGACACAUCCUGACACAUUUGAAAUGUUAACUGACGAAGAUUUUGAGGAGUAUUGUGAGAAACUUGAGAAUACUAAAGUGUGGGGUGGUCAGUUGGAGGUUAGAGCCUUGUCCAAUUCUUUGAAAUGUCCAAUAACAAUAAUUCAAGCCACUGGACCCGGUUCUAUUGAUCAAGGAGAUGAAUAUGAAAAACCACCUCUAAUAAUAACAUAUCACAGACAUAUGUAUGGACUAGGUGAACAUUAUAACUCAACUGUUCAAGGUGAAAUUGAAGCUUAG